AUGGGUUACACCGCAAAGGCAACUAUCCCUCUCAUCCCUCUGGCCCGAGAUUCGGUCCUUUUGCCUGGCGUCACCCUCAGGAUAUCUGUUUCGAAUCGCGCCGAUAUACCCCUCCUCAUCUCCUCUGCCUUUCAAAGAGCCACAAGGUCAAGAGUAGGGACUGCGUCUCUCCCUGUCGGCUGUGUCCCUAUCAACUCCCCUUAUCUCAGCGCCGAUGGAAGGGAACUGCUCGACAGUUCGAAGAAAGAGAGCAGCGGCCACGUUGAGCAUGAUAUCGAUCCGGGCAACGCGACCAAGAAGGAUUUAUUUCAGUAUGGUACUUUAGCAAAGAUCAUAGGAGUCCAAGGCAGCUCCAACGCGGAUCCAUACUUGGUCGUGGAAGGCGUCCAGCGGUUCAGGAUAGAUAAGAUCAAGCACGAGAAGCCAAACUUUGAGGCCGAAGUCACAUUCUACGAGGACGGGGUACCAGAUCUCAAUGAUGGUGACCUGCGCGCCAGUUUCACACGACUUAAACAACGAUCUCGGGAACUUUUGACCUUGCUUCGAUUGUCAUCCCUCUUCCGACCUGCUUCGAUGGUUCUUUCACCACUGAUCGUCCGCCGCUUUGAGUUGUUCAUUGCAAAGAAAGAUCUCUCUCAGGCUGGGCAGCUGGCAGACUUUAUGACCGAUAUUGUGGAAGCAAGUUACGAAGAGAAACUACGCAUACUGAGCACGUUGGACUUGUACGAGCGCCUAGAGCGUGUUCUAGCUCUGCUGAACAAGCAAAUCUCCGGUAUCAACGGCAACAUCAAAAUUACUUCGAUUACCUCGACAACGCUACCAUCCAAUAUUGGAGUGGACAUCUCCGACCUCAACCAGAGCCAACGCGAGGCUCUUGCGAGGCGUGCGAUGUCCGGCCUGAACGGCAUGACGCCUCCGGGCAUGCCAGGUGCACGAGGUGGAGAAGGCGAUGAAGAUAAUGAGGUCAAUGAAGUAGAAGAGCUCAAAAAGAAGGUGGCUGAGGCUGGGCUGUCACCAGAAGCCCAGAAAGCUGCUGAUCGCGAACUGAAGCGCUUAAAGAAGAUGAAUCCUGCUAACGCAGAGUAUGGGGUUAUACGCACUUACGUGGAGAACCUGGUUGAGAUCCCCUGGACCAAGGUUACUGAUGACCAGUUGGGGGCGGAUACUCUCACCCGAGCUCGCAAGCAACUUGAUGACGAUCACUACGGGUUGGAGAAAAUCAAGAAGCGGCUACUCGAAUACCUUGCGGUCUUGAAGCUCAAGCAAUCCGUGAAUGCUGAUGUCGAUCAACAAAUUGCACGUUUGACAAAGCAACUUGCCCCUACGCAAGAAGGCGAGGAAAGAGAGGUCGAGGCGAUUCCGGACAAUGAGAAGGACGCCGCUACUGCUAAACUGCAUGUCCUUAAGUCGAAGCGAAUGAUCGACAAGUCGCCUAUUCUUCUCCUCGUUGGUCCGCCUGGCACUGGCAAGACGUCUCUUGCGAAAUCUAUUGCACUCUCUCUAGGCCGCAAGUUCCACAGAAUCUCCCUUGGUGGCGUUCGGGACGAAGCUGAAAUUCGAGGCCACAGGCGGACCUAUGUCGCUGCAAUGCCAGGUCUUAUUGUCAGUGGCCUGAAGAAGGUUGGGGUGGCGAACCCUGUCUUCCUCCUUGAUGAGAUCGACAAGGUCAGCACAAACAAUUUCCAUGGGGACCCGUCAGCUGCUAUGCUUGAGGUGCUCGAUCCUGAACAGAACCACAGCUUCAGUGACCACUACGUCAACAUACCCAUUGACCUCAGUAAAGUUCUCUUCAUCGCUACCGCCAACUCCCUCGACACUAUUCCCGCGCCACUUCUCGACCGUAUGGAAACUAUCCAACUUUCUGGCUACACCACUAUCGAGAAACGUCACAUUGCUAAGCAACAUCUCAUUCCUAAACAAGUCCGUACGAACGGUCUCUCGGAUGGUCAAGUUAUCCUGCCUGACGAUGUCAUCGACACUAUUAUAACCUCCUAUACCCGUGAGUCUGGUGUGCGUAACCUUGAGCGCGAAAUAGGCUCGGUCUGCCGAUACAAGGCUGUCCAGUACGCAGAUGCAAGAGAUGCAAAUGACACCAGCCCAAAUAAAUAUAAUCCCACCGUGACCGUGGAUGAGCUCGAAGACAUCCUGGGUAUCGAACGCUUCGAGGAAGAAAUUGCCGAAAAGUCCUCCAGGCCUGGGGUCGUCACAGGCCUCGUGGCGUACUCGUCUGGUGGUCAGGGGAGCAUAUUAUUCAUCGAAGUGGCUGAUAUGCCCGGGAAAGGCCGUGUUCAACUCACUGGCAAACUGGGCGACGUGCUCAAGGAGUCAGUCGAGGUCGCACUCACGUGGGUCAAGGCGCACAGUUAUGAUCUAGGCCUUACCCACCACCCUCAUGAGGACAUUAUGGAGAAGCGUGCUAUCCAUGUCCACUGUCCUGCCGGAGCGGUGCCAAAGGACGGCCCCAGUGCCGGGCUCGCGCACACCGUGGCUCUGAUCAGUCUUUUCAGUGGGAAGAGCGUGCCUCCUACGAUCGCCAUGACGGGAGAAGUCAGUCUUCGAGGCCGCGUCAUGCCGGUCGGUGGCAUCAAAGAGAAGCUCAUCGGUGCUCAUCGGGCCGGAGUCAAGAAGGUUCUUCUGCCUGCACAUAAUCGUAAGGACGUCAAGGAUGUGCCUGAUGAGGUGAAGAACGAGAUGGAGAUUAUCUAUGUUAAACAUGUUUACGAGGCGCUCAGACAAAUUUGGCCCGAGUCGCAAUGGGCCUCGGAUAGGUAUUUUGCCGAGGUGGAAAGUCGGUUGUAG